GCUAACGGGAGGCUCCCCGGAGCAGAAGACGGCUGCACGGCGGACGGCAGAGCUUCCACUGCGGUGACAGUGCUCCCUGAGGACCGGCCCGGGGUCCCAGCGUGUCAAGGCCUCCAGUCACUCACUUGCCUCCACCAACAUGGCGGUUCCUCUAGAACGGGCUCUGCUCUGCCUCCCCUAACAUGGCGGCGCCCGGGGGAAUGCUUCCGGCCGUGAUGGAGACGCUUAUUCUCCUCCUGCUCCUAACCCUCCCGGGACUGCACCAGGCGGAGCAGGAAUGGGACCCGGCCGGGUAUCUGCUAUACUGCCCCUGCAUGGGGAGGUUCGGCAAUCAAGCGGAUCACUUCCUCGGCUCUCUAGCCUUUGCCAAGAUGGUGAAUCGGACCCUGGUUGUCCCGCCAUGGAUUGUUUACAACCACCAUCGUCCUCCGUACACUAACGUACAUGUAUCUUUUGAAGAGUUUUUCCAGCUGGCCCCCCUCCGCCAGUACCACAGAGUGAUGAGUAUGGAAGACUUCAUGGAGACGUGUGCCACCAAGUACUGGCCGGCUGAGAGGCGCGUGGCUUACUGUUUCACCGCAGCUGCUCAGAGGAGCCCUGAUAAAAAGAGCUGCCCCAUGAAGGAUGGGAACCCAUUUGGUCCUUUCUGGGAUCAUUUCCAUGUGGACUUCGCACGCUCGGAGCUGUUUGAUGGCAUUAAUUUUAGUGCUUAUUACAAAGAUACUUGGCUGAACCGGUAUCCUGCUUCCGAUCACCCUGUCCUCGCCCUCCCAGGGGCACCAGCACAGUUUCCAGUACUGGAAGAGCACAGGAAUUUACAGAAGUAUAUAGUCUGGUCUGAAAAAAUGGUUCAAGAAGGAGAGAAGCAAAUUGAAGCCCUGCUCAUAAGACCGUAUGUGGGGGCCCAUCUGAGGAUCGGCUCCGACUGGGUUAACGCUUGUAAGAUGCUGAAGGACGGUACGGCUGGAUCACAUUUUAUGGCUUCCCCUCAGUGCGUUGGAUACGACCGUCAGAAGGCAAAGCCGCUUACCAUGAACAUGUGUCUACCCGACCUCAAGGAGAUCAAGCGGGCGCUGCUGCAUUGGGUGAAGAGGACCAAAGCAAGAUCCGUAUAUAUAGCUACUGACUCCACGUCUUACACUGCUGAACUACAGAAGGCUGUGGGGGAGAAGGUGAAAGUUGUGAGCUUGCAACCAGACGUGGCCCAAAUAGAUCUUUAUAUUCUUGGCCAGUCCGAUCAUUUUAUCGGGAACUGCGUGUCCUCAUUCACAGCAUUUGUGAAGAGGGAGCGUGAUAUUCAGAGGAAGCCCUCCUCGUUCUUCGGGAUGGACUCGGUGGUUAGGAAGACGGAUGAGCUAUGAGGAAGUGAGGCAGGGAUGGUCAUUGCCGGGGGCCUGUGGUCCAAGAUACUCGACCCCUGACAAACAGCAAAGGAGGUUCUAAUGCUCACCUGGAGAUUGCUGCCUUAUUCCUUCAGUGUCUGAUCAGAGAGGGUCCAACUGCUGAGUUCCUCACCUUGGGGCCACAGAUCCAUAUAUGCCUUAUAAUGUUUUCUUAUUCUGCUUAAAGGGACAUUCCUCUUAAAUUAAGGGCAUGAGUAAUGCCCUGACAAAGCCAGCUAAGUGGUACACUUGCAUCCAGAAAAUGACUCUUUUAGUACACACAUAAGGUUGCCACCUUAUGGAAGUGAUCUCCAAGUCUAUGGGCAAGGAAACUUCAACCCAUGAGCCUUCUUGCCAAUUUUCACAGUCUGAAAAGGUAUACUGAGGGGUGUGGCACUUCAUUUGCUCCUCUCCCUAUGGGAAUCUUAAAGGGGUUGUCUGGUUUCUGAAACCAGACAACCCUUGGGAUCCACCUGCUCUAAAGAAGUGCUAAGUACUGAGGCUAGCAAUUGGCUGCUUUGGUCUUGUGUUGUUGACAUCGUGCCCCGCCGGGAGAACCGGAGCGCCGGCGCAGGAUCUUUCAGAUAAGUAUUUAUUGCUUCUUUAGUGCAGGUGGAUCCUGAAGGUUGUCUGGUUUUCUCCUGAAAUCAGACAACCCCUUUAAGAGGCUGUUCAUUGAGUACAGAUGGCCAUUUGUAAAGGGUGACACAUUCCCAUUGUGGGUACAUAAGGCUUGACAAUUGUAUCCUCUUACGAACUUCCCAUCAAGAGUCACUGGAUCCGGUAGAAGAAACCUCUGCCCAUCUUUUGAGCCCAAUCUGAGCUGAAUGUGACCAGAAGCUACAACCCAAAGAGGCGUCUAUAGCAGGGGUCUGCGGUGCAGGAGGGCACUUACCGAGCAGAACAUGUCCAGUCAUUAAAGUUGCAGGCACAUAAUUCUUGUGACAUAGUCCGAUUAUUUUUUAAUUAUUUCUUUAAUAAAACAUUUUUUACAUUUG